CAUGAGUAUACUUGUAUAGGUACUUCACUGAGGUCAUUAAGGAGAUUUUGAUAACAGAGGGUUGGAAGCUUCAUAAUCUUUAACUUUCUUUCUAAAUAAGGUAGUACUCAGCUGUAGUAGUUAUAUAGAGUGUUAGCUAUUUGUCUUGGUGUUAAGAGUAGGUGCUGAAGAUAAUAGCUGGGGCUGAAGAGAAUAAUUUGGAUAAAAAUAAAUCUUCACCCCUCAAUGCAACAGAGGCCUAAGAAUCUUGAAUUCUGGUCAAACAAGAUGAUGCGCUUCUGCCCUCGCUGCACCAACUUGCUGAUGAUAAAAGAAGCUGAAACACAAAUGCGCUAUGAGUGCGACUGGUGUCCAUACAUAUUUCCUGUCAGAAAGACUCAGGUUCACACAUUCCACACAAGCAAGAAGCCUCUGGACGAUGUCUUAGGAGGGAAGGAGGCUUGGAAGAACGUCGACAGCACAGAAGCUCCUUGCCCCAAGUGCGCCCACAACAAAGCUUACUUCAUGCAGAUCCAGACGCGGUCUGCUGAUGAACCUAUGACCAACUACUACAAAUGUGUUGAGUGCAGUUUUAUCUGGAAGGAGUAGACGAUAGUUAUUUUUGUAUCCUGUACAUUAGGUUAUGUGCGAUGUGAUGUUAGAAUUAAUAGUAAUUGCUUUACGUUAUUAUUCUAAGUUUGAAGUAAUGGAACUUGUACAAAUCUUUAUAGUGUCUUAAAUAGACCACACACUGCAGUAUAGUGGUUAUGUGAAAGUAAGAAAUUGAAUAUUUGGAAGAAAAAUGGAACUUCGAAUUGAAUAAAGUGCAGCCUUUCUUUGAAUAUUUUGUCAAGCUAUUACGCUUUAAUUGUGAAUAGAAGUUAAUAAUGCCUGAAACGUUGUUGACAUGUGUGAUAUAUAGGUACAUCUGUAAGAGCACUGGUGACUGUUUAGGUCAAGCUAUCAACGCUUCGGCUGACAUGUAAUAAUUUUGUCUUAAAACUUCCAUCCCUUAUCAUAAGAUUCAGUGACCUCUUAUUCUCUUAACUAAGAUUAUCAGCCGUGUUGUGUGUAAUUGAGAAUCCAAGGAAAGUCAAGUGGAGAAUGGAGAUGUGUUUGUCCCACCGUUGUUUCUUGCAUCAGAAUUUGUAUUAACUUUAUCCAGUAAUCUAUUGAAGAUUAUGGAUAGGUUUUAUCUUACUUUAAUAAAUUUUACCAGAAAGAAAUGUGUUGUUUGAAAUGGA